AUGUCUUUUUACCCGCACCCCCCCUUCCCCUCCUCCCAAGCCGGUUUCGCUUGGGCGUCUUCGACGCGACGAGCUACAAUUCUUGACUCUCAUUCGAUGCAGUCAAAAUCAAAACUCAGACCCAGAAUCGAGAGCCAAUCUGAAACCCAGCUGCGUGCUCCGAGCUUCGAGCCGUCUGCAUCUAGCAUCCAGCAUCCAGCAUCCAGCAUCCAGCGUACAGCAUCCAAGCCACAUCUCCCCCGCACUCCAGACGCAUAUACUUCUGGAGGAAAGCUAAAUAUGACGCUGGCACCGCAUCUUGCAUCUCCUCUGCCUGGGGUCUGUUCUCACAGCGCAUCGUCUCCGCAUCGUCUCGUCUCGGUUUCGCGAAUGCGGGGUGCUUGGAGAUGUGAGACUCGCCAACCCGGCAUCCGCCUCACAUUCUGUCGUACUACUACCUCAAGUCUCACGAUAACGACAACGAUGCAUUCACAUGGCAGCACAACCCCGACACGAGAGCAGCCACUGACACGGCCGCUGUCGAACGAAGCACUUCUUACUCGUGAAGGGUCCAGCGACCAAGACAAGCGCCCUUCAAAUCAGAAGUCUCGAUCCCGUCCAGCGGCACGAAUGCUCCCGCCGCCGCAGCUGAUGGCUCAGCGCCGUUCAAUGCUAGCCUCUCAACACGAGCUUGCCAAAUCAUCCAUGCUGCAAGAGGAAAGAGGAAAAAGCCGCCGCAUUCCUCUAUCCAGGAUUGUGCAUCUCCGAGGACGUCGUGGACUCCCCUUGCCCAAAGCAUCCGAGGUUCUCGCUCGACCAACAAGCAGACGCGGUGUUCAGCCUAGCUUUCUCCCUUGGAGGUGGGGAUUUGGUGUUGUAGAUUUUGUGGCAACCCCCCUCCUCCCCCUCCUCCCCCACCCGCGCCAUAUCUCCAUGGUGCGUAGCACAUAUCCAUAA